CACUUGUUUACAACACACACAUUGUGAAUACAGUGCUGGAGACCACGUGCCCAUUUCUCAAGUUGUGAGAUUUCCUCAUUUACAAGGUGUACCUUUUUGGGGCACCUCUAUGAAAGGCAACGUACUGAAGUGUGGGAUGAGCAACAAAGUAUUUGUGCAGUCUUUGAAGCCCAUGAAACACCAACGCAUUCACUCUGGAAAGAAGCCAUUGAAGUGUGAUGUGUGUGACAAAUCUUUCUUGCAUUUAUCAACCCUCCUUGAACACCAUCGCAUCCACACAGGAGAGAAACCAUUCAGGUGUGAGGUUUGCAACAAAUCAUUCUCAACAUCAUCGAACUUACGCAGUCAUCUACGCAUCCACACUGGGGAGAAACCAUUCACAUGCGAGGUAUGCAACAAAUCAUUCUUGAAGUCAUCAAACCUGCGCAAACACCAAAGCAUUCAUACAGGGGAAAAACCCUUUACAUGCAAGGUGUGUGACAAGUCAUUCUUACAGUCGUGGACUCUACUCGAACACCAGCGCAUUCACACAGGGGAGAAACCAUUCACGUGCGAAAUAUGCGAGAAAUCAUUCUCAAUAUCAUCAAACCUCCGCAGACACCAACGCAUUCACACGGGGGUAAAACCAUUCACGUGUGAGGUGUGUAAUAAAUCAUUCUCAAUGUCAUCGAAUCUCCGUGCUCACCAACGCACUCACACCGGGGAGAAACCGUUCACAUGUGAGGUCUGUGACAAAUCAUUCUCGCAUUCAUCCACACUGCUCGAGCACCAACACCGCCAUACAGGGGAGAAACCAUUCACGUGCGAGGUGUGUGACAAAUCGUUCUCGCAGUCGUCAAAUCUUCGUGCACACCAACGUAUUCACACUGGGGUGAAACCGUUCAAGUGUGAAGUGUGUGACAAAACAUUCUCACGGACAUCAAACCUCCGUGUACAUCAACGCAUUCACACUGGAGAAAAACCAUUCGCUUGUGAGAUGUGCAACAAAUCAUUCUCAAAGCUGACCAGUGUCCUUGCCCACCAACUCCGCGCACACCAAACAGUUCACCCAGGGGAGAAACUACUCACCUGCGAAGUGUGUGACAAAUCAUUCUCAAAGUUAUCGACUCUCCGCAUACACCAACGCAUUCACACUGGCGAAAAACCAUUCAAGUGUGAGGUGUGUGACAAAGCAUUCUCACGGUCAUCAAACCUUUGUGUGCACCAACGGAUUCACACAGGAGAGAAACCAUUCACAUGUGAGGUGUGUAGCAAAGCUUUUACUCAGUUAUCGAGCCUCUUGGUCCAUCAGACAAUCCACACAGGGGAGAAACCGUUCAGAUGUGAGGUUUGUGAUAAAGCUUUCCCAACAUCCACACGGCUCCUGAUGCACCAGAGGAUUCACACAGGGGAAGAACCCCUCAAAUGUGAGAUUUGUGAUAAAUCUUUCAUGACCUCUACGAGGCUGCUGACACACCAAAUGAUUCACACGGGGGACAAACCCUUCAGGUGUGAGGUUUGUGAAAAGGCUUUCACUCACUCCUCCCAUCUCCUGAGGCACCAGAGAAUUCAUACGGGGCAGAAACCAUUCACAUGUGAGAUCUGUAACAAAUCAUUCUCUGACUCAUCGAACCUACGCACACACCAACGCAUUCACACAGGGGAGAAACCAUUCACGUGUGAAGUGUGUGACAAAUCAUUCUCAGACUUAUCGAAUCUCCGCAGACAUCAACGGAUUCAUACGGGGGAGAAACCAUUCACAUGUGACAUCUGUGACAAAUCAUUCUCAGAAUCAUCACACCUCUAUGGGCACCGACGCAUUCACACAGGGCAGAAACCAUUUCUGUGUGAGGUUUGUAACAAAUCAUUCUACGAUUCAUCAACUCUGCGCAAGCACCAACGCAUUCACACAGGGGAGAAACCAUUUGCCUGUGAGACAUGUGACAAAUCUUUCUCGCAAUCAUCAGCGCUUCGCAUCCACCGACGCUUUCACACAGGGGAGAAACCGUUUACGUGUGAUGGAUGUGACAAAUCAUUCUCGACAUCUUCUCAACUCUGUACACACCAACGCAUUCACACAGGGGAGAAACCGUUCAAGUGCGAAAUAUGUGACAGAUCGUUCUCAAGGUCAUCCAACCUCCUACUCCAUUGGAGACUCCACUCAGGGGAUUAGCCUUCAAGUGUGAGGUUUACAGUAAAGCUUUUAUGACAUUUUUAACUUUCCUGAGACCUCACAGGAUUCCUGAACUACCACCCUAUUCACACCAGAGAGAAAAGAUUUAGGGGUGAGUUUUCACACUGUUACUAUAUCAUCAAUGGUCACAAAUCAGAGAAACCUAUCAGUGUGAAUUCUGCAAUAAAGCCUUAAUAUGAUUAUUGGAUCUCCUGGAACACAAGCGAACCCACACAGGAACCAUCUCAUCAAGUUCUUGCUAAGGUGUCAUCAGAGUGUGUAACGGUGUACACACUCACGGUGCAGGGUGUUCAGUGGGACUGGGACACAAAGCUUUCACUCCCAUCAAACACCUAGUGAUGACAUCACCAGUGCUAAGGGAUUAUGAUGUCAACAAUGGAGCCACCAUGCAGUGUGAUGUCAGUGACACAGGACUUGGAGCAACCCCCAUGCAGUGAGAGCAACCCAUUGGGUUUGUAUCCAGAGAGUUAACAUGCACUGAAUAACAAUGUGCACAGAUUGAGAGAGAGUCUGGAUAUUGACAUUGCUUCAUGAGGAAUUUAGCCAACACCUGUUUGGGAGAGAGAAAGUAAUGAUAAGCAUCCUGGUCAAAUCUUUCCAAAACAAUUGCAAACGAUGUUACUUCAUUUAAGAGAUGCCACUUGGAAGCGAAGUACAAGCAAGGGAAGCAGAUGUGCAUCACUGACAUGCUGUUGAGAGCUGCACUUUAUCUGAAGGAAAUUGAUGCUGGUGCGUAGUGUGAAACCUCUCAGAUUCGACAAGAAACAACAGCAUGGUGUGCUCUGAAAAUCAUUAUGCCAGUAGAGACAUUGGCUCCGACAGAUAAGCAUCUUCCUCAGAGCAAACAAAUCUCACAAGAUGCAACUCUUCAAAUGUUACAGGAAGUUUGAUAAAAGGAUGGCCUGAAGCCAUCAAGGACACCCCAUGACUGUAAGAGAGUAUUGGACAAACAGAGAUGAAGUGAUUGCCCAAGGCAGAACCAUGUAUAAAGGGAGCAGGAUCAUUAUUCUAAAAGAACUGAGAAAAGAGAUGCUGAAACUCAUCCUACACAAAUCAUCAAGGAAUUGAAUCUAGUCUGAGGAAGGUAAGAGAAGUGCUCUUCUGUCCAAACAUGAGCAAUGAGAUAAAGGACCACAUCAGCCAGUGCAGUGUUUGUAAUGAACAUCAUGCUAAACAAGAUAAAGAGCUGCUCAUGACUCGUUACAUCCCAGACAGCCCACGUAUGAAGCUUGGAGCAGAGCUCUUCAUUCUCACUGGAAAUGAUUAUCUCAUCACUAUUCAGCUAGGGCAGAGUUAGAGCGUCUGAGGUCACUGACUCCUAGCGAGAUUGUCGAAUGUCUGAAAGCACAUUUCAGUCGCCAUAACAUUUCUGACGUUGUGAUCAGUGACAAUGACUUCAAUUCCCGAGUGAGGAACUCGGACUGUUCCUGAAUGAUGGGAAAAUUCAGCACCACACAUCAUCUCUAAAUUAACUCCAGUCAAAUUGAAAGUCUGAGGCUGAGGUGAAAGACAGUUGGGGCAAUGUAUUGCCACGGACAGAGGAACAUUUUUUAUUAUGGACAUCGCUGGGCCAGCAUUUAUUGCUCAUCCCGGGCAACCCUUGAGAAGCACAUGGACUGCACCAGUUCAAGAAGGCACCUCACCAUCAUCUUUCGAGUGCACCGAGGGUGAGCAGUAAAUGCUGGCACAACCAGCAAUGGCCACAUCCUAUGAAUGAAUUUGAAAAGGACCCAUUGAAUUGUUUCCACACUCCACAGGAAAGAAACUGUCAAGAAUCAGAUAAGUAGAACCCCAACGAGUAAUUCUCUGGACUUGACUCUCUCAAAUGGAUAGUGUUUUGCUCUAUGUUUUAAAUCUUGCCAUCUGUCUUCUGCAUUUGGAUUGCUUGGAUUGUAUUUUUUAUUUCUUCCAUUGUGUGAUAAACUUCUGUUGUGCUAUUAAAGAAAAUGUACAGCC